AUGUUUCCUAAGGCAAUCAUACAAAAUGUUGUAUCUACGGCACAACUACUUGAUAAAAAUAAUAAAUUCGAUCUAUAUACAAUUGCAACUAUUAUUAAAAAUUCAAAAUAUUCUCCAGAACGUUUCUCAGCACUUAUAAUUAAAGUUGAACAACCCAUUAGGUCUACUGCUCUGGUAUUUUCUAACGGAAAGAUUGUAUGUGUUGGAACAAAAUCGGUUAAUGAAUCAGAAAUUGGUAUUAGGAAUUUUGUUCACCUCUUAUCCUCUGCAUGUGACUUAGCAAUAAAUAUGCGGGCUUUUAAAAUACAAAAUAUUGUAUCUUCAUUUGAAUUUCCCGGUCAUCUUAACUUACCAGGUUGUUUAAUUUAUAAGCUAUUUAUUAUUUUUAGCCUUGUAUGA